GCGCCUCCGCCUCCGCCUCCGCCUCGGCCGCUCCCCGAUCCCCGUCCCCGCGCCGCCGGCCGCCGUCCAUCCUGGCUCACCACGCCUGGAACUCCGCUUGCGCUGCCACGCCGCGCGCCCACGCCCACUCCCGUCCAGCGACACGGGGUUACUGAAACGAGAUCAACCUUAACCUGAUUGACUGCCCUGCACUCUCAGCAAACCCGUGGCACAAGAGGGCACCGGGGAAUCAGCUAGGAUUUAAGCCCGAGCCUGCGCUCCAAACCUCCAUGGCGGAGGCCAGUGCAUCGGCGGAGGCGGAGGCUAGGAGCAUCCUUGAACGCGCAGCGGAGUCUUCCUUCCCGCCGCUGCACGCCGUCCACCACCUCCUUUCCGUCGGGGUCUGUGUGCGCUGCAUCCUGCGCCUGCUUGGAGCCUAUAGCAGUGCCUGCUCAUAUGCAUCUCUUACGGCAUCAGUUUUGCAUUCGUUUCUUGAAGAACACGACGAUUCCAUGAAAGGAGAUUCCUGUCCAUGUCUGUCGAUGAAUGAUGCAUAUUGCUCUGUCUGCUUGGGAGUAUUGCUGCCAGCCUUCCAUCGAGAUGAAGGUCUGGAAACACCUAAUGGCAUUUCUCAUAUUGACAACAUCUCUUCAAUGAUAUCUCAAGUAGUGCAAAGGGAGGGUUACCAAGUUGAUGAGUUUUCUCUAGAAAUUUCACUACCGCCGGUUAUAGCCGCUAAUGAGCGUGCAAUUAGAUUAUAUAUGAAACAAAAAUAUGUCAACGAGAAUUGGUUCAAGGACAAAAUGUUUCCACAACAAACAAUUUCAGUGAAGGAAGCCUUGCGACUUUUGAUAGCACCAUCACUCGAGAAACUAACGAAUGCAAAACAUGGUAACAAUUCAUUUAGAAUUCGCUUAGCAUAUACUCACGGUGAUGCUUCACAAAAGCUUCAUAGUUUACUGCCGAAUGAGCACAGCCGUAAAAGGAAAACAGAUUCAAGAAAUGGAGGUGAUACUUCAAAUGAGGCCCAUAAAAGGAAUUCAGCAGAUGGCAACAAUAAACAAUCAAGUGAAUCAGAUUCAUUCAUCUACAAGACUCUUGAGGGCAUCCAAGAUCAAGAAUUCUGUAAUGUAUUUCAAUUGCCUCCUGAAAAGGUGUUCAAACCCUGCCAUCUUGUAAUAUCAUGCUUGAGGUCACCUAUAUUUCUUGGUGGAAGAUAUUUGAAGCUUUCAAGGAAUGUCAGUCAGUCAUGUUGGAUAAUAGAUGAUGAGAGAAUGGGUGAAGCUUCAGUUGAGGAGAUAGUUGGGGAGAAUGUUCGUGCCAUCUGCAGAGGUGAUAGCUGCAAGUUCCAUGCUGCUGGGAGAGAAGACAUUGAUGUACGGAUGCUUGGAUCUGGUCGUCCAUUUCUAGUUGAAGUAUUGAAUGUUCGAUCCAUUCCAUCUGAAACUGAAGUUCAACAAAUUGAAGAGAGAAUCAACAACUCUGAAAAGAAAUAUGUCAGAAUUCGAAAUCUCAAGUUGGUAGGUAAUGAAAUAUGGACCAUGAUGCGUGAAGGAGAAGCAGAGAAACAGAAGCAGUAUACUGCCCUUAUAUGGACUUCUCGUGAUCUGACAGAGGAUGAUCUGCAUAAUAUUUCUAUUACGAAGGAUAUGGAAAUUGUACAGAAGACCCCAAUAAGAGUACUUCAUCGUAGAAGCCCAUUAGAGCGGAAGCGCAUUAUACACUGGAUGGAGAUUGAGAAAGUUGCAGGCAGCUCAACUUACUACUUGCUGCAUCUAUGCACACAGGCUGGAACAUACAUCAAAGAAUUUGUGCAUGGUGAUCUUGGACGCACGCACCCCAGCAUCGGAGCCAUCCUAGGGUGCAGAGCUGAGAUAUUGCAACUCGAUGUCACUGAUGUUAAGAUGGACUUCCUCCAGUAGCCGGACCUUUAGCUGUUUAGCAUGUCUGGCGUGCAGUCCCUAUGCCUGCAGAAUGCAGAUGAUGAGGUAGCGGCGUAGCGCGGCAAUGACGAGCUCAGAAGAACGCUAAUCUUUUCUCUCUACUCCCCGAACAACCUCGUGGCAAAUUCUGCAUACCUACAUUUUUGCUAAGCGAACCUAGCUUAUCCAGUCACCCAAGUCAAGUCCUCUCCAACUCAAACUUUUGGUGUAUAUUUUCUUAAUGAAAACCCGUCUAGUUUAUGAUCACAUUUUUCCCUACCUUUUUCUUCAAAAAAAAAAUGCCAGGUAGAUUAAAGUGCACCUUCCAUAGCAACAUUUUUGUCUACGCUGUGGAGGAGAUCAUCCCAACUCAUGUGGAUCCAUUGUUACCCCUUGUGCUGUUGUACAAUGAAAUUUUAUUUACUCAA